GUCAGAGUCGCGCGCGGCGUAGUGACGAAAUCGGCUGGUUUAUAUUGGCGCGCCGCAGACGGCAGAGGUCUCUGCGGCGCGGUCCUCGGAGACACGCCGCGGUGUCCUGUGUAGGCCAUGGCCGACUACCUGAUUAGUGGGGGCACGUCCUACGUGCCAGACGACGGACUCACAGCACAGCAGCUCUUCAACUGCGGAGACGGCCUCACCUACAAUGACUUUCUCAUUCUCCCUGGGUACAUCGACUUCACUGCAGACCAGGUGGACCUGACUUCUGCUCUGACCAAGAAAAUCACUCUUAAGACCCCACUGGUUUCCUCUCCCAUGGACACAGUCACAGAGGCUGGGAUGGCCAUAGCAAUGGCGCUUACAGGCGGUAUUGGCUUCAUCCACCACAACUGUACACCUGAAUUCCAGGCCAAUGAAGUUCGGAAAGUGAAGAAAUACGAACAGGGAUUCAUCACAGACCCUGUGGUCCUCAGCCCCAAGGAUCGCGUGCGGGAUGUUUUUGAGGCCAAGGCCCGGCAUGGUUUCUGCGGUAUCCCAAUCACAGACACAGGCCGGAUGGGGAGCCGCUUGGUGGGCAUCAUCUCCUCCAGGGACAUUGAUUUUCUCAAAGAGGAGGAACAUGACUGUUUCUUGGAAGAGAUAAUGACAAAGAGAGAAGACUUGGUGGUAGCCCCUGCAGGCAUCACACUGAAGGAGGCAAAUGAAAUUCUGCAGCGCAGCAAGAAGGGAAAGUUGCCCAUUGUAAAUGAAGAUGAUGAGCUUGUGGCCAUCAUUGCCCGGACAGACCUGAAGAAGAACCGGGACUACCCACUAGCCUCCAAAGAUACCAAGAAACAGCUGCUGUGUGGGGCAGCCAUUGGCACUCAUGAGGAUGACAAGUAUAGGCUGGACUUGCUCGCCCAGGCUGGUGUGGAUGUAGUGGUUUUGGACUCUUCCCAGGGAAAUUCCAUCUUCCAGAUCAAUAUGAUCAAGUACAUCAAAGAGAAAUAUCCUAAUCUCCAAGUCAUUGGAGGCAAUGUGGUCACUGCUGCCCAGGCCAAGAACCUCAUUGAUGCGGGUGUGGAUGCCCUGCGGGUGGGCAUGGGAAGUGGCUCCAUCUGCAUUACGCAGGAAGUGGCUCCCAAGAUCCCUCCAGACAUAAAGUCCCACAGCCCCAAAUGCCCUUCUACUGUCACGGGUUGCUAUAUGCUGGCCUGUGGGCGGCCCCAAGCAACAGCAGUGUACAAGGUGUCAGAGUAUGCACGGCGCUUUGGUGUUCCGGUCAUUGCUGAUGGAGGAAUCCAAAAUGUGGGUCAUAUUGCGAAAGCCUUGGCCCUUGGGGCCUCCACAGUCAUGAUGGGCUCUCUCCUGGCUGCCACCACUGAGGCCCCUGGUGAGUACUUCUUUUCCGAUGGGAUCCGGCUAAAGAAAUAUCGCGGUAUGGGUUCUCUCGAUGCCAUGGACAAGCACCUCAGCAGCCAGAACAGAUAUUUCAGUGAAGCUGACAAAAUCAAAGUGGCCCAGGGCGUGUCUGGUGCUGUGCAGGACAAAGGGUCCAUCCACAAAUUUGUCCCUUACCUGAUUGCUGGCAUCCAACACUCAUGCCAGGACAUUGGUGCCAAGAGCUUGACCCAAGUCCGAGCCAUGAUGUACUCUGGGGAGCUUAAGUUUGAGAAGAGAACGUCCUCAGCCCAGGUGGAAGGUGGCGUCCAUAGCCUCCAUUCGUAUGAGAAGCGGCUUUUCUGAAAAGGGAUCCAGCACACCUCCUCGGUUUUUUUUUUUUUUUUUUUCAAUAAAAGUUUAGAAAGAA